AUGGCAAACAGCACGUUUGGUGGGGAUAUUCUGAUCCUGGAGGGGUUAAAGGUCACCUCCCAGUCCUUCACUCCUGCCUUCAUCCUCCUCCUCCUAGUUUACAUCUUCAUUGUGGUGUCAAACGUCGGCCUGGUGGUCCUGAUCUUCAGGAGCAGGAGCCUCCACCAGCCCAUGUACCUGCUCCUCUGCAACAUGAGCAUUAAUGAUGUUUUUGGGGCGACGAUCAUCGUCCCUCACGUCCUCAGAGAUCUUUUGACCUCAGACUCAGAGCGGAACAUUCACUACGUCCACUGUGCCACUCAGGCCUUCUGUGUUCACCUCCAUGCGAGCGCCUCUCACACGGUGCUCAUGAUCAUGGCGUUCGAUCGCUACGUGGCCAUCUGCAACCCCCUGAGGUACGCCACCAUCAUGACCAACAGGAUGGUGGUGUCACUGUCGGUGUCGGCCUGGGCGGUGGCUUUGUUUAUGGUGGCGAUCCUCGUGGGCCUCAGCGUCCGCCUGUCGCGCUGCAGGUCGGUGGUUUUUAACUUAUUCUGUGACAACGCCUCCUUGUUCAAGCUGUCCUGUGAGAGCGUCCUCAUCAACAACAUCUACGGCCUCGGCUACACGGUGCUCCUGCUGGGCUCGUCCAUCGGCAGCAUCACGCUCACCUACCUGAGGAUCGCCAUAGUGUGUCUGCGCAGUAAGAACAAGGUGCUGAACAGCAAAGCGCUGCAGACCUGCGCCACCCACCUGGCUGUGUACUUCAUACUCCUGGUGUCGGGCUUCAUCAUCGUCAUCCUGCACCGCUUCCCUCAGCUGGCAGACCACAGGAAAGUGGCGGCUGUCCUGGGACACGUCGUCCUGCCGGCUCUGAACGCUGUUAUCUAUGGGCUGCAGAUCAAAGAGGUCCGACAGAAGAUUAUGAAUCUGUUCCACCACAAUAAAAUAUCUCUGAUGGAUGUAAAAUGA